AUGGCCGCCGCCGCUCAACCUCAGGGUCCCAUUGCCCUCGUCAGUGCUCCAGAUGGCGACCUGGCUUGCAGAGAUGCUGCCAACCACCCUUCGAUGCAGGCCAUGCAACUCGACCUCCCCACCGACUUACUCGACGAGCUUCUGGAUACUGCGAGGAACGGGAAAAUCACCGUAGUCUUUGGCCGCACACCUCACCUACGAUUCGGAGACAAGACCCAUCCCCUCCAAACCUCGCCCGAGCGAUAUCGUCAUGAGCUCUACCAGCCCACCUCGUCCGCCUCCGACCGCGAUCUCGAGUUCGCCGGCCUCAUCAGCCACAGUCUUGCCGUACAGAAGGCCGAGGAGACAACUGCCGGCGUGGAUGUCGCUCUGGAGCAGCUCAAGAGCAGCAUGGCCGCCAUCUCCGAGUUCAAGGAAGCCAACAAAACCAUUGUCGGUGAUGCUACCCCCAUCCACACCCCCGGCCAUCGCCGCUUCCCUUCCAAAGGCUUCAAGCCCGCACACCUCGCGCCUUCCUCCACCGCCUCGCCGCUCCUCAGUGCUCCCCCUUCGCCCAUGGUCAAGCCUCCCACCUCACAGCCCACCGAUAGCCACGACCUCUUGCUCCGUGCUCUGCGUGUGCCUCUGAUCCACCUCCUCGCAAUCCAGCCUGCCACCGACACCUACCUGGCGGAGACAUGCCGAACCACGGUCGCCAACGUGCGUGAAUUACUGAACAAGCUUGCCAGACAGUCCUCGGAGAGGUGGCAGCUGACCGACAAGGCCUACCGGGAACUCAACCCGUGGAAGUUCGCUUACAAGAACCCAGAGGACAGAGAGCGCGCCAUCAACAAUGCCAUCAAGUCGUUUGACCGCCUGAGGCUCGCAAAGGACGACAAGCUCUGGCAGAUUCUGCUUCCUGUGGAGGAGCGUGGACAGGGAAAAUGUCUGUCGCAGCUGAACAUCAAGGCACCUGACCCGAAGCCGGCCACACCGCUCCAGAAGAUGCCGAAGCUCAACGAUAAGAAGCCUGCCGCCUCCAAGAAAAGGACCGAGGAGAAGGAGUCUGCAAGGGAGGUGAAGAGGUCGAAGGAGCCUAGACACCCCGCCGAAGUGAAGGUGAAGAAUGCGGUGAGAGAGAAGCCGCCAUCAAGGACAAUAAGAGAGGCCGGAAGGCCAAACGCCGACUCCUCUUCCUCCCCUUCCCCCUCCAACUCCUCCGCCGCGCUCCGACCCAAGCCAACUCCCAACCUCUCGUCCAACUCGCCUGCCAUCAACCACCCUACCGCACCCGCCCAUCCUCAAACGCCCUCCACCGACACCAUGGCUCCCAUCAUUCGCCAGAGAAAGGUGCUCGUACCUGUCAAGAAGGAUGAUGCUGGCAAGCCCACCGCUACGCCCCCGGUCACCUCCACCAAGCCAAAGGAGCGAACCCCGCAGGUUAGCAAGCUUAAGGAGCAGGCCGGGCAAUCCACCAAGCCGAAGGAGCCACCCGCGCAGACCUCCAAGGCAAAGGAGCAGCCCACGCAGAAGCCGACGAAGCUGCACAAACCAAACAAGGGCCCCGAGCAAUCUGCGCGCAAGUCCUUCGUCGCGCGCCCGACCAGGCCCGCGGUGCCCGUCAACACCAAACCGAAGAACCCCUCCCCGCUCUCUGCUUCUCCGCCUAUCAAUGCUAGCGACUUCGAACGGAACCACCCUGUCCACAAGGCGCUCUCGGGCACCCCCUCGCCAGCCAAGACCUCGUCCAGCUCCUCAUCCUCCGAUCGCCCCCUCAAGCGCAAGGCCGAUGACGCCGAGGGCGAAGCCCGCAACAACUUGUCGGUCAAGCACGCUCGCGUCGAGCGGCCCACCCCCGCUGAUACUCCUACGAGCAUGAACAGCCGCGGCGCCGCUUCCAGCACCGGCUCGGCGAACUCGCUCAAACGCAAGUCCGAUGACUCUUCCGCCGCCAACACCCCGACCAACAAGAUCCGCAAGGUCACCAACAUCGACACCAGCCGCGUUUCCCAGCACCCCGUCCAUAACAACAAUAACCAACUCUCCCCCGCCGACUCGUCCUCUACUGCCACUUCGCCCGCUGAGCCCUUGAGUUUCCGCCGAACCGUUGAGCUGUCCCAGAAGUUUCAGCAGUACUACAAGAAGUACGAGGAACUUUACUGGAGUCUGGCGGAGUCAUCCACACCCCCGACCGAGGCUCAGAGGUCGGAGCUCAUGAAGAUGCACCAGUCGCUUGAAGCCAUGAAGCGCGAGAUCAAAGCCGGUUGUGGCGCGACUCGCUAG